UGCGUGCUGGGAUCCCGCAUGUUUUUGUUCCGCUGGAGCCGAUUUUGCGCCGGUGUACGUGUGUUUUGGCCGUUUUCCUUCGCCGAUUCGGCUGUCGUUUUGGCUGGUUUGGAUGACAGCCAGCGAAAUUCUUUUCCUUCGCACUUCAUUUUGCUCGUCGCGAGUCUCGAACAGUAGGCUAGUGUGUUCGGAACAAGCGAGAAGAAGUUGCGGAGUUGGUUGGUGAGUGCGAUACGUCGUCGUCGCGAUUCUCGUUGUGUGAAGAAAAUGGCCAUCAUUGGUUAAAAUUGGAAAGUCGAAAUUGUAUCGCGAAUCGGGCCUUGGAGCUGUUCCGGAACGGUUGAAACUGUCACCGGAAAGUGCGCGAGAGAUUGGUCCCGCUGGAGAAGGUGGACGUUUUUAUGAAUCGGGCUCAGUUUUGGUUAAAAGUUAUCUUUUCUGAGGACGGCAAAAAAUUGCCGAAAUUGUUGCCCCACAGAUUCGGUGCAUGUUGAGAGCAAAAGUUGGUAUUUUUCGGCUUGUGGAUACGGUGGAAUGGGUGAAAAAUACGAAAAAAACAAAUUUAUAAAGUAAUUUUUUAAAAGCGCGACUUCUUACUGGUUGUGAAGAAGCCAGGAGCAGUUCCGAGAAAAGAUUUUCUACUACCAAAGGUUUAUGGGACUCCUGUGUUGAUGAAAAAAGGAAGGUGACUGCUUCCCGUAAUUGGAAAACUGUCAAAUUUAACAAAACAUGAAAGUUUAACAAGAAAAUUAUUGAACGGUGCUGCUGUUGCCCUGAGUCGAAAAUAUCAGUUGAUAAAAGCAGAUUGCUGAAAGAGUUCAAGGUUUACCUUCCUUAUAAAUUUGAAGAUAGAAAAAAUACGAUUUGUCAUUAGACGAACGUCACAAAGCCCCAUCAGUAUCGGUGGAAGUGAGCGAUUGUGUUUGUUUUGAUCACUGUGUUGGUUGAAUUCGCGAAAAAUUCAAUUUUGGGUACUCCUAUCAAAUGGCAUCAUCGAAAACCAAAGAAGGGUGAUUUAUGGCCAAACCGAGAACUGCCAUCUCGUGAAGCAAGGCAAGAUAAAUUAUGCAUAAGUGUUUGGUUAAACAACCGCAGUUCCAAGCAGCAGCAAUGAGUGUGUGAAUAAGUGCGCAAAAGUGAUUUUUCCUAGAGGUGUAAAGAGACUACCCCAACCAUCGGGAAGGUGAUUUUUAUUGUCCUCAUAUCUGAACGAAUGACGUUCUUCUAACGGAAGGAAAGGAACCUCAUCGACAUCAUGUCACAAACAAAUAAAGGAAGCAUCAGCCGACGGCAGUUGAAUGGUUUCUGCUGGACAACGCUUGGACUCCUAACACUAGCAGCGCUAGUCGCUUGCGCAAAUGCAGCAACCUCGUCAAGAAUCCUCCGGCACACCAACAGCAAACGCAGCAGCAGUAACAGUCCCAACGAUUAUAGCGAUUCGGCAACGGGGCCGUUAUUCAAGGACCACCACCGCCACCAACAGCAGCAGCAGGUUAAUGGAAAAUAUUCAAACUCGAAUGAGAACAGCGGCGGCGGCGGCGGAGGUGGAUUAGAUGACAGCAGUGCCGGAGUGGGCGCUUCGGAUCUGGCAGCCGGAGCGACACUAUUCUCGUCUCCGGCGUCGUCGUCGUCAUCGCUGUCAUCGCCGAUGUCGCAUAAUUCGCCGCAAACAUUGACGCUGACGGCGGAUAAAAAUAAAACAAAAUUAUUAAAAUGUCACUGUGACAUUUGCAAGGACCAGAAUUACGUGUGCGAAACAGAUGGACUCUGCUUCACUUCCCUGUCGCUCGAGCAUGGCGUCUACAAGUACUCCUACAGAUGCAUCGAACGGCGUAUCCUCAAUCCACCGGACAAUCCCAUCUGGUGCCGGGAGAAAGUCGCUCCAUCUGGAUCGGCGAUGGCAACAACGGCCCUAGUGGGUCCCUCCGACCCGGAUACCACCAUCAGCGGCCCCAUGACCAGUACCGUGGCGGUCGUUCAUCCGCACCACACGAUGGCCUGUUGCGAUUCGAGUUUUUGCAAUCUGCAUAUUACCUUUCCGCACGUGAAACCGAUCGCACCCGAGGUGGACAAGGUAGACAAAAUGGUGCUGAUAGUGGUGCUGUUCGUUGUGAUCGCCGCCCUGGUGAUGGCAUCGGCGGUCUAUGUGAUUUUUGUGCGGCACCGGAAGCGCAACAGCGGAGCCCGCCAGAUACUGCCGGAGGAUUCGGUGUGUGGGGCGAGCUACCCGAUAUUGAACGGGCACACUACGAUUCAGGACUUUAUCGAGAUGACCACUUCCGGGUCGGGUUCAGCCGGAUUGCCGCUGUUGGUCCAGAGAUCGAUUGCCCGACAGAUUCAGCUGGUCGAGGUCAUUGGUAAGGGUCGCUUCGGCGAGGUAUGGCGUGGAAAGUGGCGUGCCGAGAACGUGGCCGUCAAGAUUUUCUCUAGCCGUGAGGAGUGCUCCUGGUACCGGGAGGCGGAAAUCUACCAGACGAUUAUGCUGCGACACGAGAACAUUCUGGGAUUUAUUGCUGCCGAUAAUAAAGAUAAUGGCACGUGGAUACAGUUGUGGCUGGUGACGGAUUACCACGAAAAUGGAUCCUUGUUUGAUUUUCUCACGGCACGCAGCAUAGACAGUAAAACGAUGGUCGAAUACUCGAUUGCCACGGGGCUAGCGCAUCUUCAUAUGGACAUUCUUGGAACUCAGGGAAAACCAGCGAUUGCCCAUCGGGAUCUUAAAUCGAAGAACAUUCUGGUAAAGUCGAACCUCACUUGCUGUAUUGGUGACUUGGGACUAGCGGUACGGCAUGAGGUGCCCACCGAUACUGUGGAUAUUCCGUCCACGCAUCGCGUAGGUACGAAGCGUUACAUGGCUCCAGAAGUGCUGGACGAGACGAUCAACGUAAACCAGUUUGAUUCAUAUAAGCGUGCCGAUGUGUACGCUUUCGGACUGGUCCUGUGGGAGAUUGCCCGGAGAUGUAAUGUUGGUGGCAUCUACGAUGAUUAUCAGUUGCCUUUCUAUGACGUGGUCCAACCGGAUCCAACGAUCGAAGAAAUGAGAAAGGUUGUCUGCACUGAUCGGCAACGGCCGAGCAUACCGAACCGGUGGAUUGCGUCCGACACGCUCCAUGCGAUCUCCAAGGUGAUGAAAGAGUGCUGGUACCAAAACCCAGCUGCCCGCCUCACCGCACUCAGGGUCAAGAAAUCACUCGUCAACAUUCGCUAGAGGUGGGCCACCCGGGAUCCCUUGUCGUGGGUCUAAAAGCUACUAUUACUACUAUUGUAACAAAGCAACAGAAGUACUACUACUGCUACUAUUACUACUACUACAACAUUGUACUACUACCGCAAAUGGCUUUUAGAGGUGAGGGAGUACGUAAGCUGAAGGAGGUUCGUAAGAUGAGUAAGGACUUCCCGCGGUGUGAACCAGAUGAACUCUCGAGUUAGGAAUUAACAAAAUCACAUAGUCGUGUAUACUUUUUUAUAGGAUGGUAAGGUUUGCGCGGAUUAGAAUGAAUGACAGCAAACGCGAGUGUUGACUCCACCGAGGCGUGGAAUUGGGUGGAAUUAUUACAGCGUGAAUGAGAGGGCAUAUGGGAAGAGUGUGAUAAAAAAAAUAGUCGCAUAAGUUUACAGUUUAUUGUAAAUGCAAGAAAUAAAAGUGGGUUAAGCUUUUGCCAGUCAAAAGAGACUCAUGAAACAGCUAUAUACUGUAGCGAAGGGUAAUAAAGCCGUUAGAAUUAAGGGAUUAAAGUGAGAUGAUAAUCUUAUAAUUAUAGUUUAGUUGUCCAAUUUAGGACGACCUUGUCCGUACGUACUAUCUUUCAAUGUUUGCGUUUAGAUUUUAUUUUAUAAUCAUACGGAAGCUGGUUAACCGAUGUAUUGAAUUGUCGUUAUCAUUGUGAAUGACAUGCUGCAGGUGCAGUGCAGAUGAUAGUAUAUUAUUAUUAUUUAUGUUUGUCAAUAUUAUUUAUCACAGAAAAACUGGAUUGCAUUUGUUUCCACUUGUAUUGAUGUCCUCAAAUCUGUCUCCAAUUGUGAAGAAUUUACAGGUUGAGAAAAGGAAAUCUAAAAGAUUGGUCAAUUGUGUUUCAAAUAGUUUAUAUUUCAAGUAACUGUUGAGCCUGUUACAAACAAAAAAUCCUCUCAAUACAAUAAGAGUUAUUAUUUGUUAACAGUGAAGAUAUGUGGACACAACACAAAUGGAAACACAAAUGGUUAGAAAUGAUAACAGCACAGACAGAUAUCGUGAGUUAAUAACUAAACAUACACAAAAACUCAGGCUAGAGGAGUUUCGGCUCCAUCCUCCUGUUGAAGAAACUACAUCCCCUCCUCAUCUACACACGUGAGCAAAACAAAACAUUAAACUAGCAUUAGGACUACCUUACAUAAAAAAUACUAUAAAGUUGUUAAAACUAUCAUCCAUUCCUUACAGUAAUUAGUAGACAUCCCCUCUGGUAAAUAACAAAACAGAAAAGGCUUCCUCAACAAACAGAGAAUGUGGCAAAUGAGAAUAGAAUAUACUCGUUCGUGAAAACAUACUUUAUAAAUGACCUACAUUACACACUUAUAUUCCGUAAACAGAUACCUUAAACAGUAGAGCAUGCGGGUGAGUUGAUUUCGUAAAUUGAUGUGAAGGAUGUUUGAGCAGAUGGAUCGAAAAGAAAACGAAAACUAACGCAUACAAAACAGUCAUAAACUUUAUUGCAACCACAAAACUGCCGUUAAGUGUGUAAACUAUAUGAGAUUAAAGGGUGAAAUAGCAUUAAUAGUAACAGAGACGUUAGGUUGGAGUAACAUCGAUCACGUUUUAGUUCCGUUUCUUGAUUGGUUGGAAGUUUCACCCCAAGUUCAUUCAAUGUGGCUUGGAAAAACUCAAUAGUUACUAUUUUACUGAGUAACGAAAUUCGUAAUUUUAUAGACAUUUACGCUAAUGUGCAACUUUCCAAAAGUACUUUUAUUGGUUGUCUUUCAGUAAAGUCAGUUAUGUUUUGAGCUUGUUUAGUUGAAUAUCUUUGGCCGCCACCACACGUGUUCGUAUUAUUCCCUUUGAUAUAUUCUUCCAUUUGAUUGGAACUUUUUGUUUUAGAUUUCAUAUUUCGACCUUAAUCGUAAAGUCGUCUUCAGAAUUUGAAGACGGCCUUACUAUUGAGGUCAGGCUUAAAUUACGUGUCGGUAAAAUUUCAAUCAACUAGUACAGAAUAUUAAAUGGAGUAGUACUAACUCGUCUGAUGAUAGCUACCAUUUAGAGCUUUCGUGCUUUAUCCUAUUUUACGUAAAAGCCUCUAAUCAACAUACAAAGAAUGGAACUGAAAAAAAUGUAGAUGAACAGUUAGUUUCGGCCAUCAAUAGUUAUAUAAGCGUUAUUGCAUAAAUAUACCUAACAAUCAAUAAAGCAAACAACAUUCAGAAAUGACGGAAAUAGGAAAAGUUUGGAUGCGAAGAGUUUUGCAGUACCUAUACUGCCGUCAUACGCAUAUUUGUCCCAUGUUUGCUGGGAUUCCCUAUGUACAUGGGACAAUUAUGCGUAGAACGGCAGUAUAUUUGUGGAUGAAUUAUCCUAUCUAUCCAUUAGUUGGGCUUCACAUUUGAUUUCAUGCUUUCUAACAACACGGAAACCGAAUUCAAGGUCAAAAUCUGUUGAAAUGAAUUCGUGUUAGACAUCAACAUAAUAUCGGAUUGCAUAGUUUGCAAGGUAAGCCAUGUUUUUUGCAUACAAAAAAUAUAAAAUUGAACAUUGUCAGAUUGGAUUGCUUAGAACGUCAUAUUUCGAUAACUUGAUUGACAAUUCUCGCGCUUAGUUUCAUAGGGGCGUAACUGUAUUGAUCGAUUUCUCUUAAUCGAUUUUAUAUUUUGUUAAUAACUCAAUUGUUUCAAAAGCUACAACCGUGAUUAUUGAUUCUAUUGCAAGAUACAAUCAUCCUGUAUCACACCAAACUAUUAAAUCAUCGAGAGAAAUCGAUUUAUACAGUUACGCCCCUACGAAACUAAGCGCGAGAAUUGUACCCUUCACCAUUUUUGAAUUCAUGAUUCAAUAGAUGUAAACUUACGUGUGUGUGCGAUAGGUAACUUUCAUGUUCCCAGCGCAUACACUUGGUAUACAAAAAACAGUGACAUAGGGGAGGGAAGUUUGAAAAUCUCAAAAAGUAGUGGACGUAAUAUUUGAAUCGUCCUUUAUUGCCCGUCUUGUACAACAAAGUUGUACCGGAAGACUUUAAUUUUACUGCGGAAAUGAUUUUUUUAUAGAAAGCUCAAAGACUCAAUAAUGCUGUAUACCAAUCGGCUCGGCUUGAUGAACUAAGAAAAUGUCUGUCUGUCCGUGUGUAUGUUGGCAUGCAAAAACUCCUACCAUAUUCGCAUUCAAUAAUACUUAACCGCAUCAAUCGACCGUUACGUUUAUAAAGAAAAUGGUCAACAAUUCAAGGUUGGUGUCUUGGUUAAAUCCGAGGAAGUAUAAUUACAAGGUGAAUUAAUUUGAGUUUCAUUUACUGACAUCGCGUUCCACAAACUAUGACAUUUCCGCCUCGCCUGCAGUUGACAAAACAACCACGUACCAAUUCCAAAUUCUUCUUCUUUACUGGUAUUGUAUUACGCAUCUUAGAGCUGUGCUAUCAGAGACUUUUACACGAAUACGGUAUCUUAUUCAGAUAAUUUAAAAAACUAUAACUUAAUGUUUGCCUUUUUCGUACAACAAAGUUGUAUUUUUAAAUUUUAACUUUAUUUGGCAUCUUGUUCUAUGUACAACAUAUUUAAUGGAACGUACACACGGUCAAGCAGUUUGACCAACAUUGACUCCACCUCUCGUUUAUUCAAACAUCCAUCAAGUUUUACCAACAGCGGCACGAACAAUCAAUUUAUUCGACCAACAAUAUCACACACGAACGACCGAAGUGCCAACUUCAGCACCAACCAUCAAAAAAUAUAUGGGGGUUUGUGCAACUUCACUACAAAUGCUCAAACAUGUUCGGCAAACCUUGACUCCACCCCCGACAACUCAGACCAAAAUCAAACCGUUUUAAUUUUUUCCAACCGAGCCGCCAACUGUCAAAUGGUUGUUCGAACAACUUCACACACGUUCAAACAAAGCAGCAACCGAAGCGUUUUCUUGGGGGCGGAGUCAAUGUUCGUCAAACUGCUUGACUGGUGUGUACGUUGCAUAAGGCAUGUGUGUGUGGUGGAUGGUGUGCAAAGCUGUGUGAAGAUUUCGGGCGAACACUCCGGUUCGUUCGAAUCACGCCGGGGACUAAGACAAGGUGAUGGACUUUCGUGCCUGUUGUUCAACGCUAGAAGGUGUCAUGCGGAGAGCUGGGUGUAACAGCCGGGGUACGAUUUUCAACAGAUCCAGUCAAUUUAUUUGUUUCGCGGAUGACAUGGACAUUGUCGGCCGAACAUUUACAAAGGUGGCAGAACUGUACACCCGCCUGAAACGUGAAGCAACAAAAGUUGGACUGGUGGUUAAUGCGUCAAAGACAAAGUACAUGCUUGUGGGCGGAACCGAGCGCGACAGGGGAUACCUUCGAGGUGGUCAAGGAAUUCGUCUACCUCGGAUCCUUACUAACGGCUGACAACCACGUUAGUCGUGAAAUACGAAGGCGCAUCAUCUGUGGAAGUCGGGCCUACUACGGUCUCCAGAAGAAACUGCGGUCGAAAAAGAUUCGCCACCGCACCAAAUGCGUCAUGUACAAGACGCUAAUAAGACUGGUUGUCCUCUACGGACAUGAAACAUGGACAAUGCUCGAGGACAAUGGACAAUGGACAAUGCUCGGAGUAUUCGAGAGGCGGGUGCUUAGGACCAUCUUUGGCGGUGUGCAAGAAGACGGUGUGUGGCGGCGAAGAAUGAACCAUGAGCUCGCCCAACUCUACGGCGAACCCAGUAUCCAGAAGGUAGCUAAAGCCGGAAGGGUACGAUGGGCAUGACAUGUUGCAAGAAUGCCGGACAGCAACCCUGCAAAGAUGGUGUUCGCUUCCGAUCCAGCAGGUACGAGACGGCGUGUAGCGCAGCGAGCGAGAUGGGCAGACCAGGUGCAAAACGACUUGGCGAGCGUGGGGCGUAUUCGAGGAUGGAGAGAUGCGCCCUCGAACCGUGUAUUGUGGCGUCAAAUUGUUGAUUCAGUGUUAUCUGUUCAGAUGUAAACUAAAUAAAUGGAUGAAUGUGUGGUGGACGGGAAUGAAAGGAAGCAGAAUAUGUACGGUUUACAGUAUAAUAUUUAACUUUUAUUUCUCCUUUAAGAAUACACGUUUUGUUUGUUUACCGCGCGAAAACUGACAGAGCUUUUUUCUCUACUCAUGAUGUUUGUAUCGUUCAUAAAUUACGUCCCCAUAUGCCCCCCCCCUUACGCUAAGAACCGGACUCGUAAACCGGAUCGAGUAACUAUUGUCCGACUAUCUUCUUCUGGAUAUUGUGUUAUGCUUCCGUCGCAGGUGAAUGCUGGUUUGAGUCGGUCAACAGAAAUUGUUUGCUUUUUGCCUGAUACUAGUAUUUCAAAAUACUUUUCGCUGCGUGCUAAAACGGCCCUUCAUAUGGUUGCUGUAGAGCUCGUUUAAAUGCAUCAACACGCACAAAAACCUGACUGUAUGUCUUCAAAGCCUUGUGCACGAAAACUAUCGGUUUAGAGUGAUGGGUAGUACUUGGUGGGCGAAUUUUGCUGAAUGACUGACGUAGGUGUUGUGCAAAAUCCGACUUGUUUACGAUUUGCGAUGACGGUGGAUCAAAGAAUUCCCGUGGAAGCCGCAAUGGUUGACCGUACACUAAGUCUGCUGCAGAACGUUUUAAAUCUUCACGAUAAGCACUUCUGAGACCCAAUAGUACUAAUGGUAAUUCCUCGCUCCACCGUUUUACAUUUUUGUACAUUAACUCUGCUUUCAGUGUUCAGUGGAAACGUUCAACCAAUCGGUUGGCUUGUGGAUGGUAAGCCGUAGUUUGAAUGUGAUGAGUUCCUAAUAUGUAUGCCAACUCGCGGAAUAAAUCAUACUCGUAUUGACAGCCUUGGUCAGCGGUUAUAGUCUCCGGAGUUCCAAAUCGAGAUAUCCAUCCAACGGUUAGAGCUUUUGCAACAGUACUAGCUGUGAUAUCCGGCAGCGGAAUGGCCUCGGGCCAUCGGGUGAAUCGGUCGAUUAUUGUUAAUACGUAGCGAUGUUCGUUUGAUGCUGGUAGUGGUCCUACAAUAUCUAUGUGUAGAUGUCGGAACCUAGAUUUUGGAACAUCAAAUGGUACAAAUGGAGCUACGAUGUGACGGUUCACCUUUGAGAGCUGACAAUCGAUGCACGUCCUAACAAAUUGAUUGAUGCUUUUAUUCAUUGCAGGCCACACGAACCUUUCCGAGAUAAGCUUCCUUGUAGCUCGUGCUCCGACAUGGGCCAGACCGUGAAAAUGCUUUAAAAUUUAUCUCGAUGUUUCACUGGAACGAAAGGACGGAUCCGGUCAUUCAAUGAUACGUCGCAAAACACUGGACGUGCAAUAUGAGGGAAUCGUAAUGGACCGAGACGAUGCUCUACGGUCGCAGCCACCCCCCUGAAAUGAGAUGUAGUUCUUGAAGCCGUCUACCGAUUGGGUGGCGCUAGUGUUGCCUUUCCUAUUUUAAGCUCCGUUCAUACCGCCGCGAGAGCAUUGGCGAUUGGGGCUUUGAUGUUGCAUGAAGAAGAAGAAGAAGCAAAGAGAUGAUAAUCAAAAAUAUUUGCACGGGAAAACAUACGAAGAAAUUUUUGAAAAACUUCUUUAAAAUUCUAGAAGCAAUUCAAUUAAAAACGGUUAGCAGUACGGGGUUAGUCUUGUUUUCUACUGCACAAUAAACACAAUAUUUCAAUUUCAAGUUUUAUUCUGAGAUAUCAUACUUAAUACACAGUAUAAAAAAAAGUCCAACCCCGUACUGUUUACCGUUUAAAUUAAAUUGCCUCUAGAAUUACAGAGAAGAGUUUCAAACAUUUCCUCGUAUGUUUUACCGUGCGAAAUUUUUUAAAUAUUAUCUUUCUACUUCUUCUUCUUCAUGCAACAUCAAAGCGCCAAUCAAUAACGUCGAAAAUCACGCAGCAAUGAAAUACAUCUCGUUGAAUAUAAUUUAACAAUGCAACACAUGCCGCUUACGCAUCCGACUGUUCUGACUUCGUGUGUUUAUUGCUUAACCGUCAAUGUUUACAUCCAGCACCAUGUUGCAGCACCAUGUUUUUGGCUUCAGGCGAGUUGUUCGUGGAUGAUAGCCGUUUCAUGGGGGUGGUCGCAGCAUGCUUACUUUUGUACUCCAACAUGUGGCGAUAAAAUAUGCGUCACGUUUCUGUAUACCGUGAUCUCGACUCUUGACAAUGCAUCUGCAACCGUGUUAUUUACACCGCUAAUGUGACGAAUGUCAGUGGUAAAUUCGGAAAUAUAUCGCAGGUACCUGUCUUCAUGUGGAAGCCGGCUGGCAGAGUUUGUACCCAUAGCAUGUGUUGAAGGUUUAUGGUCGGUUAGAAUGCAAAACCGGCGACCCUCGAGAAAAUACCUGAAGUAUUUCACUGCCAUUUUCAUGGCUGUGAGCUCCCGUCCAAACGUAGAAUAAUUCUUUUGAGAGUUUGAAAACUUCUGGGAGUAAAAACCAAUCGGUUGCCACGAUAAUUUUGAAUAUUGCUGCAGGACUGCUCCAGCUGCACUGUUAGAUGCAUCGAUCAAUAAUGAUAGAGGCUUAUUCGAAUCUGGAUAAUAUAACAAUGCACAAUCAGCGAGUGACUGCUUGCACUUUUCGAAAGCGACCAACGAAAAAUCAUUCCAUUCGAGGGGACGAGUGUCGUUCUUUUUGUUAUCAGGAAUCAUCUGACGCAGCUCGGCUUGCAUAUCUACAGCUUUCGGAAUGAAUCUCUUGUAAGCAUUUAGUAAUGCGAGAAACCUACGACGAUCCUUUACAAUUGCGGGUCGCGGAUAUUCAAGGACGGCUUGAACGCGAGAAGGCAACGAGCGUAGCCCCUCACUGCUAACCGAAUAUCCAAGAAACUCAACUUCGGAUUAAGCGAAAUGACUUUUGGAAACGUUGAUCACCAGCUUGAGCUUCUGGUAGAACUUGCGUGUUUCUUGAGAACGGCACAGCUGUUCCAUCUCCUCGCACUCCGCUUCUUCCAGGCGGCAUUUCUUCUCCUGAAAAAGGCAGGUCUGCUGUCUCCGCUUCCGUCUAUAACGUUCCACGUUCUGCCGGGUACCUUGCUGCAGCGCGACCGCCCGCGCUGCGUCCUUCUCCUCCAGAAUCUGUCUGCACUCUUCGUCGAACCAAUCGUUCCGUCGACUUCAUCCCAUAUACCCGACUUUGUUCUCCGCUGCGUCGUUAAUGGCUGCUUUAACUGUAUUUCAACAGUCUCAAGAGAAGCCUCGAGAUGCCAAAGCUGCUCUAGGUCGUACAGCGGCGGUCGUCGGUACCGAACAUUGUUGAUGACGGAUAGUUUUGGGCGCAGUUUAACCAUCACCAGAUAGUGGUCAGAGUCGAUGUUAGCGCCACGAUAUGUCCUGACGUCGAUAAUGUCGGAGAAGUGCUGUCCAUCAAUCAGAACGUGGUCGAUUUGUGAUUCUGUCUGCAGUGGUGAUCUCCAGGUGUACCGAUACGGGAGGCUGUGUUGGAAAUAGGUGCUGCGAAUGGCCAUAUUCUUGGAGGCGGCGAAAUCAAUUAGUCGUAGGCCGUUUUCGUUCGUCAGCCGGUGAGCGCUGAACUUUCCAAUAGUCGGUCUAAACUCCUCCUCUUGGCCAACCUGAGCGUUCAAAUCUCCUAUGAUGAUUUUGACGUCGUGGCUUGGGCAGCUGUCGUACUCACGUUCCAGCUGCGCGUAGAGUGCGUCCUUAUCAUCAUCAGUGCUUCCGGAGUGUGGGCUAUGGACGUUGAUUAUGCUGAAGUUGAAGAACCGGCCUUUGAUCCUCAACCUGCACAUUCUCUCGUUGAUCGGCCACCACCCGAUCCCGCGCCUUUGCAUAUCGCCCAUCACUAUGAAAGCUGUUCCCAGCUCAUGUGUGUUGCCGCAGCUCUGGUAGAUGGUAUGAUUACCUCUAAACGUUCGCACCAUUGAUCCCUUCCAACAAACCUCCUGCAGUGCUACGAUGCCGAAUCCACGGCCCUUGAACACAUCGGCGAGUAUGCGUGUGCUCCCGAUGAAGUUGACAGAUUUGCAGUUCCACGAACCGAGUUUCCAAUCGCUAGUCCCUUUUCGUCGCAGUGGUCUUCGCCGAUGGUUCCGGUCCGUACUCUCUUGUUGAUUGUUCGUUGCGUGUGUUUUUUUUUGGCUGGCUUGCAGGGCCUGACACCAAACCCCCUAAAUUUCCGGAGGACCAUUCCUCCUUAUUUCCGGUGGACCAUGGUGCACAGUUUCACUUAGAGUCCCUCGCUGGCACUCGGACGAUGAUCAACCGCCUCUAACAUGGAGAACAGACGCUGUUGUGAGCCGAUUCUGACAUGGAGAACAGACGCUCAAUAUGAUUUGCACCUCCGGAGAGGAGCAAACCCCCCUCUUCCCUGUCAGCAUACGACCAUAGUUCCCACCGGGGUUGGUUACCCGAUCUUUCCUAAGGUUGCUCGUAUCCCGGCCAGCACUACGGGGAGGUAGGGAUAGGCUGGGUAAGAGGCUAAGGAAAGGACCGCGAGAUGGGGUCUAUUUUAUUCCUUCAGGUACGCGAAGUACCAAUGAUACGCUUUACCCAGCAUUUGUCGUGCCAGCCCUUCAUCUAUUUUCAACGAUUUAAGGGUUUCGCGCGGAUUUGACGCGGAUUUAUAAGGUAAAUAUUUAAGAAAUAAAAUGCUGAUCUAAUGACGUUUAUUUGAAAAUUAGUUUUAUGUCUUUCUUGAUGUGCUUUAUUUUCUUUAGCAAAUGUUGUUUAGGACCAAACCUACCGGUGAAGGCUAUUUUUUGGAACAGUUAUUAUUUUUCGGAAAUGUUCAAGUCCUUAUUGAAAUGAAGGGCAUGUAUUAUACCCUUAAGCAUUCUUUAAACGAAUGUUAUGAGGAGAGGGACGCCACUUGUCGCCAUUUUAAUCUAUUAUGAAAUUGAAUGUCUAUUGAAAAUUGUCUAUUGAAAAACAUGAACUCCAAUGUUCACCUUGUCUAUUUCUUUGUAAUUCCGAGAUAUUUGUAGGUUUCUGAUUGAUUAUUUCUUUCAUUAUGAACCACUCAGCAUGAUAAAUCAUAUCAUUUUU